AUGGGUGUCUGCCUGUGCCCUAACCGCUCGGCCCUCUAUCUCCUGCUGUUGCUGAUGCUGCUCGCGGAUCCGGGGCUGCCUGCCCGACGUCAUCACCCUGUGGUGCUAGUGCCUGGUGAUUUGGGCAACCAGCUGGAGGCAAAGCUGGACAAGCCGGCAGUUGUGCACUACCUCUGCUCCAAGAAGACAGAAGACUAUUUCACGCUCUGGCUGAACCUCGAAAUGCUGCUACCAGUCAUCAUUGACUGCUGGAUUGACAAUAUCAGGCUGAUCUACAAUGCAACAUCCCGGGCCACCCAGCUCCCUGUUGGUGUGGAUGUGCGUGUCCCUGGCUUUGGGCAGACUUUCUCACUGGAGUUCCUGGAUCCCAGCAGAUGGAGUGUGGGUUCCUAUUUCCACACUAUAGUGGAAAGCCUUGUGGGCUGGGGCUACACACGGGGUAAGGACGUCCGGGGGGCCCCCUAUGACUGGCGCCGAGCCCCAAAUGAAAAUGAGCCCUACUUCCUGGCACUUCGCAAGAUGAUCGAAGAGAUGUACCACCUCUACGGGGGCCCUGUGGUGCUGGUGGCCCACAGCAUGGGCAACAUGUAUACACUCUACUUUCUACAGCAUCAGCCACAGGCCUGGAAGGAUAAGUACAUCCAGGCCUUCGUGUCACUGGGUGCCCCCUGGGGCGGCGUGGCCAAGACCCUGCGCGUCCUGGCCUCAGGAGACAACAACCGGAUCCCGAUGAUUGCGUCCCUGAAGAUCCGAGAACAACAGCGAUCUGCUGUCUCCACCACCUGGUUACUGCCCUACAGCUACACUUGGUCACCUGAGAAGGUAUUUGUGCGCACAGCCAGGACCAACUACACACUUCGAGACUAUCACCGGUUCUUCAAGGACAUUGGCUUUGAGGAAGGCUGGCUCAUGCGGCAGGACACAGAGGGGCUAGUUAAUGUCACACGGCCACCUGGAGUGCCACUGCACUGCCUCUACGGGACUGGGGUCCCCACACCAGACUCCUUCUACUAUGAGAACUUCCCUGACCAUGACCCUAAAAUCUACUUUGGUGAUGGCGAUGGGACUGUGAACCUGCAGAGCGCACUGCAGUGCCGCACCUGGCAGGGACGCCAGAAGCAGGAGGUUUUGCUCCUGGAACUGCCAGGGAGUGAGCACAUUGAGAUGCUGGCUGAUACCAACACGCUGGACUACCUGAAACGGGUGCUCCUUGGGCCCUGACUUCCUGUGCC